AAAAAAAGCUCUGUUCAUUUUGCUUCUACACAAAGGCAUCUUUCUCAUCCCACCAAAACAGAAUACCCAAUUGACAGUUUUGAGUUCUGACUACUACCCAUCAUUGCAUUGGAGUUGCAGAGAGCUAGCUGUGGCAAAUAAAAUAAGUAGAGCUAAUUUUUUCUGGGUUUUGAUUCAAGAAGCUGAAGAAGAAGCAGAACCAUAAUCAAGCACUUAAUUUACAUGCAGAGCAGACAGAGCAAUUACUCCAAAUCCCAUUGAAGGCGCUCUCCAGAGGAAAGUCAAUGAUUCCGGAUUCAACAUGAUUCAUUUCCUCAUCCAGACUCUUCUGAUUCUCCUCCUCACUGCUUCAAUAGCCAAAUCCCAGAACUGCACAACCACAUGCGGAUCCAAGUCGGUUCAGUACCCGUUCGGAUUCUCCGACGGCUGCAAAAUCCGAUUGAACUGCUCCGACCCGCAUAUCUCGAUCGGCAACUUCACAGUCCAAAACAUAACCUCCACCAGCAUCUUCCUCAAUCUCCCCGCAAAAUGUAAAAGACCGGUCAGGUCUAUGAUAGAGCUAUUCGGCCCAAACUUCGGCCCAACUUGGAACAACAGCUUGCUCUUCCAGCACUGCCCCAACUCCCAAAACGGCUGCUACAUUCCGGCGGCUUUUGUUGAAAAGCAGUUCGCUUUGGAGAGCUGUAAAGGCAACAACGAUAGUAUCAGCUGUUUCGCCGAGGAGAGGAGUAACAGUUCAGAGAUUGUUGAGUACGAUUACUUAAGUAAGAAGAAUUGUAAGUACUUGUUCGGUUCGAUUGCGGUUCGUUCAGGUGAUCAGAACUCGCCGCUGUCGUUGGAGUUUGAGACGAUCCAGUUGGGGUGGUGGGUUAACGGGUCCUCCUGUGAAUGCGCUGCCAAUGCCACGUGUACGCAUGUUGAGCUUCCCGGGGUGAAUCCCCAGGGGUUCCGCUGCCAGUGUUUGGAAGGAUUUCACGGCGACGGGUUCAGAAAGGGGUCGGGUUGCCGGAGAGUUUCUGAAUGCAAUGCUUCAGGGUACAUGUCUGGACGUUGUGGGGGCAGAGUCGGUAUUCUUAUUGCAGGGGUUAUUGCUGGAGCUUUAUUAAUGGCUGGUCUAGUUAUUAUCUGUUACUAUCUUCGAAAGCGUUCCACUUGCUUAAAAAACCAGCUGAGUGCAAGGCGCCUUCUAUCUGAAGCUGCAGGCAACUCCAGUGUUCCAUUAUAUCCGUAUAAAGAAAUAGAGAGAGCUACUAAUUGCUUUGCCGAGAAACAAAGGUUGGGCACAGGGGCCUUUGGUACAGUUUAUGCAGGAAAACUCCACAAUGAUGAGUGGGUUGCGAUCAAAAAGAUUAAAUACCGAGACUCUAACAGUAUUGACCAAGUGAUGAAUGAGAUCAAGCUCCUCUCCUCUGUGAGCCACCCCAACCUAGUGAGACUCUUAGGUUGCUGCAUAGAGGGAGGCGAACAAAUACUAGUAUAUGAAUAUAUGCCUAAUGGAACGCUAUCUGAACAUCUACAAAGAGAGAGGGGAAAAGGACUUCCGUGGACCAUAAGGCUUACAAUUGCUUCUGAAACUGCCAAUGCUAUAGCCUAUCUCCAUUCUGAGAUGAAUCCACCAAUUUAUCAUAGAGAUAUCAAAUCCAGCAACAUACUUUUGGACUACAACUACAAUUCAAAGGUAGCAGAUUUCGGUCUUUCCAGACUUGGAAUGACAGAAACAUCAUGCAUAUCAACAGCUCCACAAGGAACUCCAGGCUACGUGGAUCCUCAGUACCAUCAAAACUUCCACCUUUCCGAUAGAAGUGAUGUUUACAGCUUCGGGGUUGUUUUAGUAGAGAUAAUAACCGCAAUGAAGGUGGUUGAUUUUGCUAGACCUCAAACCGAGAUCAAUUUGGCUGCACUUGCUAUUGAUAGAAUAGGGAAAGGAUGUGUGGAUGAGAUGGUUGAUCCUUUUCUCGAACCAAAUAGGGAUGCUUGGACUCUUUACUCCAUUAACAAGGUAGCCGAGCUUGCAUUCAGAUGCCUUGCCUUUCACAGUGAGAUGAGGCCUUCUAUGACAGAAGUUGCGGAAGAACUAGAGUAUGUCAGGCGCAGUGGGUGGGCAACAAUGGAGGAGAAUGUAGGCACAACAUCCUCAGUGGCAUCCUCUUGUUCAUCACCGUAUAAUGGAAGUGAGAAGUCAUUUGGUGGUGUGACGGCUAAGCAGACCAGUAUACGAAGCCAGAGAUCAAUCGCAUCGCUAAGGGUAGACAGUUCCCUAACUCCAAUGAUUGAGGAGAAGGAUAGCUCUCCUGUUUCUGUACAUGAUCCUUGGUUAAGUGAACAGAGUUCACCUUCAACAAACAGCUUAUUGGGUAAUGUAGUUCAGUGAGAAACAACUACUCUUCUUGUGUGCUUAGCCCCAUAUAUGUUUAUAGUGAAAACCAGUCUACCCAUUGCUGUCUAUAACUCUAUAUAUUCCUUACAGAGUUACAGUGUGUCGUUGUUUUCCUAAUUACUGCUGGAAUGCACCACAGAAAAUUGCAUGUAUACAAAGAUAAGUUUACACCAAUCCUAAAUCACAUCUAUGUUUGUAGUCA